GAGGACCGCUUGCACUCCAGCUCAGCGUUCAGUCUGGCCCACACGCUCUGAGCUCAGUACCGGCCGUCAGCUCGCUCUUUUCACUGUCUUUGGAAUUUUUUAGUGUGUGUGUGCAGCCAAACCAAUAACCAGCCAUGGAUGCCAUCAAGAAGAAGAUGCAGAUGCUCAAGCUCGACAAGGAGAACGCCUUGGACAGAGCUGAGCAGGCUGAGGGAGAUAAGAAGGCAGCGGAGGACAGGAGCAAACAGCUGGAGGAAGAGUUAAGAGAGUUGGAAAAGAAAUUGCGCAUAACCGAGGAUGAGCGCGAUAAAGUGUUUGAGGAGUUCCAGCAGGCCGAGGAAAAGUUGCUGACCGCAGAGGAGGUCGCCACUAAGGCUGAGGGUGAUGUAGCCUCUCUUAACAGACGUAUCCAGCUGGUUGAGGAGGAGUUGGAUCGUGCUCAAGAGCGUCUGGCCACUGCCCUUCAGAAGCUGGAGGAGGCCGAGAAGGCUGCUGACGAGAGUGAGAGAGGCAUGAAGGUCAUUGAGAACAGGGCCCUGAAGGAUGAGGAGAAGAUGGAACUGCAGGAGAUUCAGCUCAAAGAGGCCAAACACAUUGCUGAGGAAGCUGACCGCAAAUAUGAGGAAGUGGCCCGUAAGCUGGUGAUUGUUGAGGGUGAGCUGGAGCGUACAGAGGAGCGUGCUGAGCUGUCAGAGAGCAAAUGUGCUGAGCUUGAGGAAGAGUUGAAAACUGUGACCAACACCCUGAAGUCUCUGGAGGCCCAGGCUGAGAAGUACUCACAGAAGGAAGACAAAUAUGAGGAGGAGAUCAAGGUCCUCACCGACAAACUGAAGGAGGCUGAGACUCGUGCUGAGUUUGCUGAGAGAACAGUAGCCAAGCUUGAGAAGACCAUUGAUGACCUGGAAGAUGAGCUGUAUGCCCAGAAACUCAAGUACAAAGCUAUCAGCGAGGAGCUGGACCACGCUCUCAACGACAUGACUUCAAUGUAAUUCAUGUGCUAUGUCUGCUUGCGCCUCUGCCUGCCCAUCCCCUCCCUCGCCCCCUCACACUACCUCCAACUCGUCACUACAUCUCUCUGACUCUGUCUGGCCAACCCCAUCCUCCUUUCAUAAACUGUCCUGCUAUCUCUGUGACUCAGCAAGAUCGAUGGCUCCUGUUCAUGCUCCUGUAGUUGAGGUCUUGAUCACUUAAGACAUGUUAACAGUCUAUGGCAUGUUCGUGUGCACUUUGUGGCAAAGGCUUUGAAUUUAUGCUGGGUAAAUAUGUCAGCACUGGAGCAAAUGUAAAGAUGUUCGACAGUGAAGCCAGAUUUUGUGAAAGCAGUGUAUAGUAGUGCUGUUAACUUUCUACCAGGUUGUACUGUUUCCUAUAACCACUGGAUUGCUUUUACAUUAAAGUAAUCUUUUCUAAUUUGUGGACGAAGGUGAAUUGCACCAAGCUCUAAAAAAGUGUUUCGAUUUAAUGUUCUGAAAAUGUACAAGCAUAAUUCAUUGUUAACCCUGACAUACAGCAUGUAAGCAGUUUUUCUGAAACGCAGCAGCGCUGAAGGGGAAGCGUUUCAGUGACAAUUAUGCUUGGUUACUUCCUGUGUGUUUCCUCUCUGGUGUACCCUCUCUGAUUACAGCAGCUCCUCUGCCACUAACAUGGUCUACUUCUACUACCUUGAUUUCUAAAACGCGCUCCCUGCAGCUUGGUUCACCAUCGCAUUUGAGAUUGAGAUGACACAGUGUACGCUAGGCUACUUUAUGACUGACCUGUGUGCUGUUGGGUAAGUCAGCCAGGUGUCUUUGUGUUUGGCUCCACUCCUUGGCUGUUAAGGGUACUUAAGCUGUUAUUCCAAACUCGUGCUCUGUACCAUCAGGUGACUGUAAGCACGUUUUUAAAGUUAACUCACAAUUACAAAGCUGAUACAGUAUGGCUUUUGAUGAAGGUUU